CAGCUAGUAUAUAUAUAUAUGUCGGAGAUGAGAAUAGCUGGGUUCUUCCCAAGGGAUGGGAAAAUCCUAAGCACUUUUAGUUUAUAGCUAGAAAAUAAAACUUAGAAUUUUAAUUUUUACGACUUAAUCCGCUAAGGAAAUUUUAGUUAAACUUUCCUUAAGUCUUUUAUGACGGUAGGCUCGGGUUCGAAAGAUCACAUCUGCGGGUCUAACGUAGCCACGGUCAAGGGACAGCAAUACCCAAGUGUACAUCUUCGGAAUGUACAAUUGCAAAACGUAGCUUGUACAUUUUUUUUUCAGAAUAAUUACCUGAAGGAGCUACGGAUUGAAAAAUAAGUUUUGAGAAGAGUCAGUUCUCUCUGAACAGUGAGCGAUAACUGAUUGCUGUCCUUCUGACCGUGGAUUCAUUCUCUUAUCCAAGUCUGUCGUCAUUUUAUUAUUUCUAACGUUUAACAUUAACGAUAUCUUAUUUGUUAAUAUUGUUCAUAUUGCUAGUUCAGUGUAUUAAAUAAAUUAUAAUUGUUAAUAAUUAAAUAAUAAUAUUAAAUUAUACUUUUAGUGUAGUGACUAGAUAACAUUGUGUGUGUAUGUGUGUGUGUGUGCUACGCUUAAGUAAAACAUUGUUACAAGAAACUAUAAUUGUGUAUUAAUAAAGUUGUACGAUAUUUGUGUCAUCUAGAUAUUGUGAUUAAAUAAUAAAAUGUCUCAAGAUAAUAAUAAUAGUAUGCGCCCUUCUCAACCCAACGCUAAUCCGACAUCAGAAGUGGGAUCGACGCCGAGUAUAUCAAUGCAAGAGCAUAUGGCUAUUUUACGUGAGCUGAUUCAAUCAAUUGCCCAAAAACCUGACACAAAUUCCAGGAAGUUUACACUACCACGUUUUAACCCAGAAACCUCUGGCUCUGAUCCGGCUGCAUGGAGUUCAGCUGUUAGCAUUAUGAUGGAAGAAAAUCCAUUGCAAGGCAGUGCACUAUUUUCCGCGCUUAGUAGCGCCUUAGAGGGUUCCGCUGCACAGUGGUUGACUCAAAUUAUGGUUGGAGGAACUAUUACUUGGUCUCGAUUCAAGGAACUUUUUAUUUCCCGUUUUGGUGGAAGAGAAACCGCAGCUUCUGCCCUUAUGAAGAUUUUUAACGAACAACCGUUAAAAGACGAGACAACUGGAGCUUUUGGGAUUCGUUUACGCUCUCUUCUCAAGGCGAGGUGGGAAAAUUUGAGUAUGGCGGAGAUUAUCAACGGCGCUGUUCUCUAUCGAUUAACAUCGCAAGAUCACCGGGUCGAACGCACAGCGCUUACGAGUGAGGUAAAAACGGAAGACCAAUUUCUUAAUGAAAUGAGGGCUUACUCGUACGCAAAGAAGCGACCGUUGCAAUCGUCCGAGAACUCGUCAAGUUCAGACCCGAAACGCUUCAAGCCAACGGAGACACGGAUUAAAUGUCUUUUCUGCGGUAUUUCUGGUCACAAAAUAUCUGAAUGUCGCAAGAAGUCAUUUCUGGACAAGAGGAAAAAUUCUCAUAGUCCAGAAGGAAGUCGACCAUCCACCGCGAUAAAAGUAACCUGCUUUAAGUGCCAUAAAGAGGGUCAUAUUGCACCAAACUGUCCGUCAAGGAAGAACAACAGCAACAGCGGCAACAACAGUGGAAAUCAGCACUCGAGCACCGAACGCCGAGUGGACUUUUGCACCGUGGAUGUUCCAGUGGGUACAAUGACCCAUAUGGAUGCACCCGAGGACGUGUGAUCGUCAGGAUGGCCGUGUCGGAGAUGAGAAUAGCUGGGUUCUUCCCAAGGGAUGGGAAAAUCCUAAGCACUUUUAGUUUAUAGCUAGAAAAUAAAACUUAGAAUUUUAAUUUUUACGACUUAAUCCGCUAAGGAAAUUUUAGUUAAACUUUCCUUAAGUCUUUUAUGACGGUAGGCUCGGGUUCGAAAGAUCACAUCUGCGGGUCUAACGUAGCCACGGUCAAGGGACAGCAAUACCCAAGUGUACAUCUUCGGAAUGUACAAUUGCAAAACGUAGCUUGUACAUUUUUUUCAGAAUAAUUACCUGAAGGAGCUACGGAUUGAAAAAUAAGUUUUGAGAAGAGUCAGUUCUCUCUGAACAGUGAGCGAUAACUGAUUGCUGUCCUUCUGACCGUGGAUUCGUUCUCUUAUCCAAGUCUGUCGUCAUUUUAUUAUUUCUAACGUUUAACAUUAACGAUAUCUUAUUUGUUAAUAUUGUUCAUAUUGCUAGUUCAGUGUAUUAAAUAAAUUAUAAUUGUUAAUAAUUAAAUAAUAAUAUUAAAUUAUACUUUUAGUGUAGUGACUAGAUAACAUUGUGUGUGUAUGUGUGUGUGUGUGCUACGCUUAAGUAAAACAUUGUUACAAGAAACUAUAAUUGUGUAUUAAUAAAGUUGUACGAUAUUUGUGUCAUCUAGAUAUUGUGAUUAAAUAAUAAAAUGUCUCAAGAUAAUAA